AUGGUUGAGUCGAAAUGGACUCGUCUCUUUAUCAUUACUUCCAUUGUCCAGACUUUCAUUACCAUAAUAAUUCAGUCGCUUGUUGUUGGCCGAAACCAAAAUGCCUCUUCAUUUUUUCAAGAAAUGUGGCAAACUGAAUAUGGAAAUAGCCUUCCUAAUCCUGCUGCUUCCGAAUGCAAAGCAAAUAUUGUUGGACGUAUGUACAAUAUUGUUGGAGAAAAUAUUAUAAUCCUACUUUCCAAUGUAUUUUUAUUAUUCUUUUGUUAUGAUGCGAUUUUCAAUCAAAAUACAAUACAAAUAAUAACUGUAGUAGUAGUAAACUAUGCGAUAGGAAUAGUCGCUGCUAUACAAAUCGUAGAAAUUCAGAGGUGGAGAAACCAAGCAGUUGAUUGUGUACUUGGAUUCUCAAAUUUCAGCUUUAGGGUUGAAUUAUAUGAAGUACCAUCAAUAGUAAUACUACUACUAUGUGCGACAAUGAUGGGAUUUUUUACUUGGAAAUUAUAUCAACAAUUUGGAUGGAAUAUUUACAAAAGAAUUGGUGCUGAUCGUAAAAUGCAAAUGGCUUGUGUAGUACUUUCGCAAAAUGACAAGCUCAAAUCAACAUUCUUAUAUUGGUUCCAUGUGAUUGUAACAGUUCUAAUAUUUAUUUUACAAGCUCUCGCUUAUCAUAUGUUAAGGGAGGAAUCCCAUUUAGGAAUGAAAAUAUUUAUUGGUUUAUGGUUAAUACCGAUUGCCGACUUUAUAGCUCUUCUCGUAAAAUCAAUUGGUACAAGCGCACAAGAUAGUAAUAUAGAACGUCCGCCGGUUACGGAACAAACUUCACAGUCUCAACCUUCAGGUCGUUGGGCAAUUGAUGAAGAAGAUUGA